UUUGUUUUUGUCAGUAUUUGUGCAAGGUUAUUAAGUAGUAGUAAAUCCAAAGUAAUUAAACUAGCUUCUUCACCCUUUUUUUUUUUUAAUAACUCCUCGUUUUCGUCGAACUUCUAUUUCUCUCUCUAUUUCCUCUCUCUUCUUUUAGAAACCAUGAAAAUACAUCAAUUCUUUUAUCAUAUAGUUCUUUUAAUGAUAUUAACUUCUAAUUAUGGUAAUAUUAUUAUGAUUAGUGAAGCUGUUCCUGCAAAUUCUCUCAUCACAAAACUUCCUGGAUUUACUGCCUCUUUCCCUUCUAAGCAUUAUUCUGGGUACAUCACAUUAAACGGGCAUCCAAAUAAGCAAUUACGGGCUCCCAAAAAUCUAUUCUAUUAUUUCGUGGAAUCUGAGAGAAAUCCGAAGAAAGAUGCUGUUGUAUUAUGGUUGAAUGGUGGUCCUGGAUGUUCUAGCUUCGAUGGCUUUGUUUAUGAACAUGGACCAUUUAAUUUUCAGGCUGGAAAGACCAAGAACAGCCUCCCUGUGUUGCAUCUCAAUCCAUAUAGUUGGUCCAAGGUAUCAAACAUUAUUUAUUUGGAUUCCCCCACGGGAGUUGGGUUGUCUUACUCGGAAAAUCAAACCAAGUACCAAACUGGUGACGUACAAACAGCCCGUGAUACUCAUGCAUUUUUAUUGAAGUGGUUCAAGCAAUUCUCGGAAUUCAGAAACAAUCCAUUUUAUGUAGCUGGGGAAUCAUAUGGUGGGAUUUAUGUACCAACCCUAGCUACCGAAAUCGUCAAAGGAAUUAAAGCAAAAGUUCAUCCCACUAUCAAUUUCAAGGGAUAUAUGAUAGGAAAUGGGGUAACAGCAGAACAAAAAUAUGAUGGGAAUGCUUUGUUGCCUUUUGCACAUGGGAUGGCGUUGAUAUCAGAUGAUCUUUACAGGGAGUUUACAAACAGUUGUGGAUUGGACUCAGAAAAUGAUGGCAUUGCUGAAUGCAGGGGUUACAGAGAUAAGUUAUAUAAUGCAAUUGAGGGUUUAAAUAUCUAUGACAUUCUUGAGCCUUGCUACCAUAAACCAGACAAUGAGAAUACAAAGAGUUUGAGCUUGCCUGAAAGCUUCAAACAACUAGGAGUUACAGAGAGGCCUCUUCCUGUUAGGAAAAGGAUGUUUGGCCGAGCUUGGCCCUAUCAAAUGGUUGUUAAGGAUGGUCUUGUUCCUUCAUGGCCUCAACUUAACUCGUUACAAAAUGAUCGUCGAGUUUCAGUUCCCUGCACUAGUGAAGAAGUUGCAACUGCAUGGUUGAACCAUGAAGCAGUUAGGAAGGCAAUUCAUGCAAAACCGGUAAAUGAGAUAGGUGACUGGUCAUUAUGCAUGUCAUUAGUGUUUAAUCAUGAUGCUGGAAGCAUGAUUAAGUACCACAGAAACUUAACUGCUCAAGGUUUUAGAGCACUAAUAUACAGUGGAGACCAUGAUUUAUGUGUUCCCUACACUGGUACACAAGCAUGGACCAGCUCACUAGGGUACCGAAUUUUGGAUGAAUGGAGGCCUUGGAUGUCUAACAAUCAAGUAGCUGGAUACGUACAAAGAUACGAACACAAUCUAACCUUUCUGACUGUCAAGGGAGCAGGACAUACAGUUCCGGAGUACAAGCCAAGGGAGGCAUUAGAUUUCUAUAGUCGUUGGUUAGAAGGAAAGCCUAUAUGAUAAAAAUUCAUGAAGAACUAUAGAAUUUAAAUUUGGAAAGGAAAAAAAAGAUGAGUGAAACAAAGGAUUUAGGAUUUUGGCUUAAAGAAAAGCUAAAAAUUCCACUUUGUAUAAAAAAACACAGAUAUAAAUCUGCAGGUUGUUCCAAAAAGGAAGUAGCUAGUAGUACAAUUCAGAUAUAUUACCUGCUGAUUUAUAGAUCAUAAUUUUAGCACAAAUUAUUAGAAUAGGCGGUCUAAUUUUAACAUAAAAUUAGACGAACUCAAGACUAAAUUUUUCUAACAAGUUCAUUUCAUUUCA